AUGCCUCGUCCGCUGCCUCCGUGGCUCGAACUCAUCCCAGCAGCGGAAGGCAACACUGACAGCGCGUCAACAACCACCGAACCUUCACAGACCGAGAACCUUCUUCCGUGGGACACAAUGUCCUCCUCCAGCACUCCCAUCUCGCCAGAGAUGUUUGCCAUCGCAAUCAAAGACUUACCAGUCGACACUCUCUACGCCAAAGCUGCCGAGCUCCUGAACAGCAUGCAACACCUCCGCGACUCCAACGCUCAAAUGGCCGAGUUUGCAGAUUCUGGUGACGAAGUGUGCAAGGAAGCUAUCAGCGAGAACGACGUCGUUAUUUCAAGAAUGCAGGAGCGGAUAGAGCUGUGCAAAGCUGAGGUCGAGGGCAGAGGGAUGCGCUGGACGGGCCAUGUACAGGCGGCAGAGGAGAAAGAGAAUGGCGAAGCAGUGAAUGGCACGUUGACAAACGGCCAUGCAGAGCAGGAUGAGAGUGCUGUGCCAGAGACCAGAGUUCCAAGCGGGCGAUUGACGGAUGAAGAGUUGAGAAGGCAAUUGGAAGCUCAGAUGGGCGAUGAUGGCGAGGACGGAGUGCACCUCUGA